GCUGAUGCAUGAUCAUGAUGGCCCCGAUUUGUUUCGUUUAUUAAUUAGUCUAGCACGUGUUUUUGCACACUUCCGGGUAGAAAACCUCGAAAGAAAAUGUCAUUUUUCAUCAAAAGUAAAGGCAAACAGACUCAGAACAAGAAAAAACAGGGAGGUAAGAAGAGGACAGCAGAAAUACCAAGGAAGGGCACUCCAAAACAGAAGAAGUUUCAUGGAUUAAAUGAGGAAAUUGAAAGUGAUUCAGACAUCGAGGAAGAUGAUCAUGUGACAAAGUCACGUGACCAAGGUUACUCUUCAUCAGAAUCUGAGGAAGAGACAGUGCAAGAGAAAAAGCUGAGACUUGCUAAACAGUACUUGAAACAUAUAGAAGCUGAAGAGAGGGACAAUAACAUUGACGAUGAGGUUAACAGAGAUGCUGUAUCACAUAGACUCAAACAAGACCUGUUGGAACAGGCUGGCAAAUUGCAGAGAAAAUUGGCAGAAAAUAUUGUUCCCCCUUCACAAGAAGAUCUUAUCUUGUUCCGUGGUCAUCAGUUGUCUGUUACCUGUGUAGUUAUCUCCCCUGAUUGUCAGUUUGUCUACAGUGGAUCUAAAGAUUGUUCUAUUAUCAAGUGGUCAUUGAAGGAAAGGAGAAAAGUUCAUGUGAUCCAUGGAGGACGUAAAGGUACGGAGAAGAAACAUGUAGGACAUACAGGACAUGUACUUGCCAUGGCUUUAUCAUCUGAUGGAAAAUACCUGGCAACAGGAGAUGCUAACAAGCUGAUACACAUCUGGGAUGCUGGCCCCAUGACACUCUUACAUACAUUUAAAGGUCACAGAGAUGCUAUAUCUGGCCUGACAUUUAGAAAAGAUACACAUCAACUAUACAGCUGUUCACAUGAUAGAUCUGUGAAAAUUUGGAAUGUAGAUGAGAGAGCUUAUGUGGAAACAUUGUUUGGUCAUCAGGACAAAAUUACUGGGAUAGACAGUCUAUCAAGAGAGCGGGCAAUUACAUCAGGCGGCAGGGACAGUAGUAUUAGAAUAUGGAAGAUUAUAGAAGAAUCACAACUUGUCUUCAAUGCUCAUUCUAUGUGUUCUGUGGACUGUGUUGCUUUAAUAAGUGAAUCAAACUUUAUCUCCGGAGCAGACGAUAAUUCUCUGUCUCUGUGGGGAACAAUGAAAAAGAAGCCAUUGUUUACCCUGAGAAAUGCUCAUGGUUGCCAGGCAACGGAGGGUUCAUUGGUUCAAGGUCAGGAAGAAAACUGGAUCACGUCUGUGGCUGCACUACACAACUCAGAUGUUGUUGCUUCAGCAGGAUCCAAGGAUGGCUGUGUAAGGUUAUGGAAGUGUUCAGCUGAUCACAAGAAACUGGAACCAAUCUGUACAGUAUCUGUUACUGGCUUUGUAAACAGUUUACAGUUUUCAAGCAAUGGGCAGUACCUUAUUGCAGGGGUAGGUCAGGAACACAGACUAGGACGAUGGUGGUCAAACAAAAAAGCAAAGAACUCGAUAUGUGUGAUACCACUUGGUUCUGCUGUCAAGUGAUUCAAAUAAAAUAUGUGUACAUUGAA